AUGAGUGAUGGGUGGUUAUGGGUCGUCAACUCUUCGGGUCUUCCAUAUUGUAUAGAACAAGUUGAUAGACCAGAGCUCAAGUCUGACAUAGAAUGGCGCUCUUGUCCUAUUUCGCUUGAUGAAAAUGUUAAAGUUGUAAGUAUCUCAUGCACUGGUGACUCAGCUUUCGCAGUUGACUCCAAUGGUUCCAUUUAUAUUUAUUUAAAACCUAAUGUACUUGUUGUACGUAAACUUGUUGAGUAUUAUCAAAAUCAGCGCUGGUAUCCUUUCUUGGGCUACUCUCGCCCUUUACCGACGGACAGGUCUGAGUAUUCCAGUGAGGAUGGAGUAACUGUGAUACCCUUAUUACAUUCUUUGCCUUCGGAAGCUUGGAGAUGGGAGGAGAACUGGGCAUACCAUGUGUCGGAUACUACGGAUAAAGAAGUUGGAGAAUUGAGAAAACUUGAAGCAUUUGCAAUUAAUCAUUUUGGGGCUGGGCCUACGCCGUAG